GCCAUUUUUAAGCGCCUAAGGAAGAAGUUCGCUUCUUAAUUUUAAUCGUUUCCAUCUGCCGUUUUUACGCGUCGAUAUUCCAACAUCUCGGCAGAUAUAGGUUAAUAAGAUUGUCCUCCGUCGGUAUUGGUGACUAUUUCGGGUACUGCGUUGAGGAUUUUUCCGAAAAAGAACCUCAAACAACAAGAGCCACAAAGGAGAGUUCGGGCGGGUGAAGAUGAGAAAGGAACUCUCCUCGGCCCCGCACCGGGCGAUAAUAUCAGGGCUUGGCGGCUCAGCUCUCGAGCAAACCGCCGGUUUGUACAGCUCGUCCGAUCGCCGUGCUGCAGCGUAUUCUUCGGCGACUUACAUCCAGAUGAUCACCCCGCCGUCCUGCGCCUCGCAGCCCGCCGAGGUCCGUGUAUCUGACCCCGCGGUGGGCAGUUUGUACACAACUCCCCUCCAGGGGCCUCCAGCCGGGGCAGAGCUCCGGCCCGCUUUAGGGCGACCUCCGGCUAAACGCCGCUUGGAGCUGGACGCCAUGGACCACCAGUACAGUGAACCGUCCAGAACGCCCAGAGGUCGCAGAGCAGCUCUCCGAGUGAAGAGCCCCAAAGCUCCGAAAACGCCACCGGAGAAGACGCGCUACGACACGUCUUUGGGCCUCCUGACCAAGAAGUUCUGUCAGCUGCUGGCACAGUCUUCAGAUGGAGUGCUGGACCUGAACCAGGCUGCUGACGUGCUCAACGUCCAGAAGAGACGACUGUAUGACAUCACCAACGUGCUGGAGGGCGUGCGCCUCAUCAAAAAGAAGUCCAAGAACAACAUCCAGUGGCUGGGUUCCAGCCUGCCCUCAGAUGCAGGGCCGCUCACUCUGCUGCCCCCUCUGCAGACUUUGAGCAGAGAGAUGAUGGCCCUGCGGGAGGAGGAGAGACGACUAGAUGAGCUCAUUCAGGCCUGUGCUAACAAUGUCCAGCAGAUGACCGAGGAGACACACAACCAAAAAUAUGCCUAUGUCACAUAUCAAGACAUCAGAAGAAUCAAAAGCCUGCAGGAUCAAACCGUAAUUGCUGUUAAGGCCCCAUCUGAAACAAAGCUGGAGGUGCCGGACCCAAAAGAGAGUUUACAGGUCCACCUGAACAGCUCCAAAGGCCCCAUCGAUGUGUUCCUCUGCACAGACCCCAGUGGUCCUGGCGGUUCGUUAGACAACGGAGUGGAUGUGAAUGGAAAUGACACUGCUUUCCUCAGAGUGUCCAAAGAAGGUGCUAAAACCGGAAUGGCUGGCUCUGGCCAGAUGAACGGCGGCUAUGCUAAUGGUCCAGUCAGCGUGCAUUCUGCGCAGACGGGUAACGCACCCAUGUCUCCGCUUAGCUCCUCACUGUCCUCCAUCCUCCAGCAGCCGGUAGAGCUGGUGCCUUUUGUACCGCUCUCGCCUGCCCUGCUCAGCGAGGACUACAUGCUGGGCCUGGAUGACGAGCAGGGCAUCAGUGACCUCUUUGACUCCUGUGACUUGGACAUGCUACCUCUGGAUGACCUGCUGAUGGUAUGAGCGCUGCAGGAGCCUGCAGGUGAAUGAGGGGUGUAGGAACUGUUCACUGGUUGGAUUUACCAGUGAACGUUCAAUUAAAAUGGACUUCUAUGGGGAGGAGGGAGGGUGGUGGUUGGGGUUAAUGGGCUGAGACUGAAUCAGCUGAAUU